AUGUCUCGAAUUGCCUCUCUUGGAUUACACACCCCCGCUGCGCUCCCGUAUUGCAUUACCGAAUCCCUCCUUCCCGACCCUCCUCCACCGGACUCCUACACCUGGUCCUCCGGCCUACCUCAUGAAGAACUCCUAAUCACCGGGUCUGCUGUAAUUUGGUCACAGGGCGGAGUAAUACGGCGUGUUUUUCGCUACGAUGUCGAGGGGGAACCGGUAGUCCAGGCGGUACUCACCUGGUUUCCCUCCGAUGAUCCCCAGGAUGCGGUUGUUCACCCCCAAGGGUCCUUGACGCCGGAUGAUGGUGGUACAUAUGUCAUGGGCGGUGGGGAAAGCAAUAAGAGGAAGAGUCAGGAUUGGUUGCCUGGAGGGCAGAAUAAGAAACGGAUGAGCACGUGGAACUCAAAGAGUAGGACAUACGCUGCACAAUUGGGGAGCUUUCCAAAAGCGAAAGGGGGAGAGACAAGUGGAGCGACGUCUACACCCGACGAUACGGAGGAUGAGAUCGUGUCGCAGGGGAGAGCAAGAGCACUGGUGGUUUUACUGAAGACUCAGGCUUUUGUCUAUUUUCUUUCCGGGACGAGUCACGUUAUUCAUCUGCCGUUUGAGGUUGAGCACGCUAUGCCGGCCCCCCGAGGAUUAAUUCUGCAGAGAAGACCGCCAGCACUCUCGGUUUCACCACCAAUACCGGGAUUUUCUACGGGGAAUAGUUUUAGUGCUCGACCAGUGAUUAAUACCGUUAAGGACGCUCCUAGACUAUUCUCCUUAACGGAUCCAUUGUUGGAGGUUGGACUGAUCGUAUCUCCCGGAAACACUCCAUCUGCCGAGGAAUUGAUUUUCAUCUCGCCUUCUUCAGAGUUAGAGUUUCCCGCGUCAGAAGAUGCUUCUGGGAAUCCGGUUGCCUAUGGCAGCCCGGAGGUAAUUUUUGCUGUUACCAGAAAUCCGGAGAAAGCGCAGAUAACGGUAUGGAGUGUUCGAUAUAUCCCUCAAGAGCCUCCCACAAAUACUCAGCGACGGACACCUAGCGCCAAUUCUGGGACUGCUUCAGCUCGUCGUAGAUCCUCCUUUGGCCCAGGGACGGGUGCUACGACACCGGUGGCUGGUGGAGGUCCCGGUUCUAUCACGUCUGCGGGGACGGUGGCAGGCACCCGGGAGUCGCUAGGGCCAUCCGAUGCGAGCUCGCUUCCCGGAUUGGGUGAUGACUUUGAGACCGGAGGGAAACGAACCAGUCGCCGAGUGUCAUCUCUGGUUGCUCGGGCGGACUUAUCCGGUAACCACGAUCGGGGAGGAAGGUUUUCCGAUGUUUCUGGUUCAAUUGGCGCUUCAUUUAGUGCCCCACCGGUUCCUGCUGUACCAGCGAAUUCUAUGCUGGUUGAUAACGACCAGCCGGUGGAUGAGUUGUUGAACGAGCUCAACAUGGGUGCGUUGGGUAUUGGAAUGGGCGGCCUAGGAAUUUACGAUGGAGAAGGUUUGCGAAACGAAGUCUUCAUGAGCAAGCUGGAUACAUACAUGUUCAGAGGCUCCUCAAACUCGCAAGCAAGCCAUCCAACACGUAAAAUACCCAGAGUGUUUACCUUGCACGCUUCUAGCGCAUCAACGGCAGCGGCCGCUGUAGGGAAGGAUAAUGGUGGGAGAAAGGUUGUGCUUUGCAUUAUGAACCCUGAUGAAGGAGUUCUGCUGCUAGUUACCUUUACACUUCAAAUAUACCCCUCGAUGCCCAAAGGGUAUAGCCGGAAGUCGAUGAACAAGUAUGGUAUCGUUGGUGUUGGCUAUACGCCUGUUUUCUCUAAAACCGAGACGCGGUAUAAUGUUCUUGAUGCUAUCAAAAUGGAUGAUCAUGGGGUUUCGCGUGUCCUGAUACUUACUGAUGGUGGAGAAUUGUAUCUUUAUUCCCCUUGGGGCCCUAGUAUCCGAGUUGUUUUACCUCCAACCUUGGCCAGAUGGAACACUAAUGUGGUGGGUGAAGAUGGGAGCAGGCGAGGUAGCCGAAAGAAAGGAUUUGCUAGAACUCUCUCAACUAGCCCGGAUAGGUAUCAGAGGCUCGAAUAUAGUGAAGCUGGAGGAAGAGUGACGGUCGUUGACGGAGACGGCGUAGGCCACAGAGUGGGUGUCACGAUGGCGCCAAGAGAGGCCCUAGUCAAAACUUGCUUGGAAACCGUAAAGGUUAUACUUGGGGCUUCAUAUGGGGCAGUGGCGGGAGAAGGGAUGUGGGGAGCUUGGGUUGAGGUGGCAAAGUGGCUGAGCGUCAAUGAGCACCCUGAAUCCAAUUUACCAUCUGUGACCGGGGCAUCACCCGGCCCCAGAAAAGUGCCGGAGAUGGAUGAGUGGCGGGCGUUCGUGAUCACGAUUUUUCUACUUUCAGUCCCAUCAGUGCCAGAGCAGAAGGCAGUGCUAAAGAGGAAGAGCGCAGGUUUUGUUAGAAGCGCUAGUAUCGUUGCUGCGAAGGAAUGGGAGGAUAUGAUUAGUAGUGAGGGUGAAUGGGGAAGUGCUCCAGAAUAUUUGAGGUCAGCUGCAUGGGGCUGGAUGGUGGGGGAAGACGACGAGCGGAUUCUCUCGCAAGCUAGUCGACCUCCUGUGAAAGCUAGCCCUACCAAAGCGAGAAGUGCACUGGCUAGUGCUCCUGAGCAGCGGAAGAUGAAUAAGUUUUUUACAGAGUGUAUAUCGCUCGCAAGAGAGUUCCUGAAGACUCCAAUGGGACAGGCCGUUGAAGAUGAAUAUUUUGGGAGCCGUGAAGCUCUUGACGAGAUUCGCAGAAAUGGGCUGGCGGUGCUGCUUGUAGCACUGCAAUUGAUCCGGGAGGAGUGGAAAUUAGAUGUUGCUAUGGAGGGCGCUGGGAGACGGCUUUGCCCGUUACUGAGGCAGUUGGCCACCUGGCUGGGCUGGUCGGAGUGGGUUGAAGAGUACAUUCUUGAGGACCUCGAGAUGCUGGGAUGGGUUUAUGAUGAAUGUAAUGAGAAGACGUCCAUCCAAGCAUACAAGGAGGAUUUUGCUAACUUAUUAGCCCCAAUAACUAUCGCCGACGUUCCUCAACAGCCUUUCCGGAUGCCCUCAAUAUAUGACUGGUUAAUUGGUUGUUUAGAUGGGAGCACCCAGAUGCCAUUCAUGACAUUACAGGACAUUGUCGGGUCCUCCGGUUCGUCAGCGUCAAGUCAAUACUCAACAUCGCAGAGCACUUCUCGUGCCAGAAAUCCCUUCUCACCACCGCCACUUCCUCCGGCACAGCCGGUACAAAAACGCGUUUUUGCGAGGCUUACACCCAGAACACGAAAUGUCACUGAGAUAUACACAACUCUGACCACUCCAGGUGCUACAGAUGUGGAUGUCGUUUCCCGUAUGGUUGAGUUAAAAAUGAAUGCUGCGAGUCUAGAAAGGCUUCCGGAGGGGAUUGCUGUGCCACUUCGGGAGGCUAUUGCAAGAUGCCAAGAACAACCGCCGACUACCUGGGGGGUGCAAGCGUUGGACUUGGUCGGCAGGAAAGAUUUAAGAAUGUUGAUUGAGCCGGGGAAGGGCAGGAAAGAAGGAGGAACAAAGUGGCAAAGUGUAAGUGCUCAGAAUCCCUGAUCAUAUGUCUUGAUACUCACUUUUCGCUAGGCUCCAACCCACGAAGCGAUGAGAGAUGUCCAUAAUAUUUGCAAUUCUACUUUUGAAAACGAAACCAUAGGGUCUUACGAUCACCUUGCAGAGCAUGAUCGGUUAUCAGUCUCAAGACUAAUAUUCAAGGAGGAUCGACGCACGGCAGAAGCCGCAAGGCUACUCGCAACCAACAAGCCUGCUAUCGCAAAGUGUAUACCUGAACCGCACUGGAGUGAACAGGAUACUUUGAAUGCACAAAAGGAGCUCUCACAGCAUGUAGCAGUCCGCACCUUGGCUGUGCCUCCGGGGAGAGGGUUAUUCAAUUUUUCUGCAAGAGUACCUUUACUAACAGAGAAAUUCCCGAUAUCAGCGUUUAAUCUUUCGACUGUUAUGAAGCCAAGCGGAACGACGGUGUCGGCAGAUAAAAGCACUUAUAGUGAGGAAAAGGUUUGCUGGGCGUUUUUCCAUGCGGGUGUUGCGGCGGGAGUCAGUAUUUCCAGGGAAGCCAAAGAGAUAGAUACCAGCUGGAUUGUCUUUAAUAAGCCUAAUGAGCUGACCAAUCGACACGCUGGAUUCUUGCUGGGCCUUGGCUUAAACGGGCAUUUGAAGAGCAUCGCAAAAUGGCAUGCUUUCAACUAUCUUACGCCGAAACAUACUAUGGUGUCAAUAGGAUUACUCCUAGGCCUUAGCGCGAGUUAUCUUGGGACUAUGGAUACUACGAUCACGAAGCUUCUCUCGGUUCAUGUAACAAGACUGUUGCCACUCGGGAGUGCGGAACUUAACUUGAGUCCUCUCACACAGACCGCAGGCAUCAUGGGGAUUGGACUACUGUAUUGUGGCUCUCAACACCGUAGGAUGAGCGAAGUGAUGCUCAGCGAGAUUGAGUUCGCGGAGAUCCUCGACAAUUGUGUUCCUACGGAUACCCUGAGGGAUGAAGGUUACAGACUUGCGGCAGGGUUCGCUCUUGGAUUUAUCAACUUGGGAUCCGGAAAGGACCUUAGGGGAUUACACGAUAUGAACCUUGUGGAGCGAUUGCUGGGAUUGGCUGUGAGCAGCAAGAAGGUCUCACAGGUCCACGUGCUAGAUAAGGCUACCGCGGGGGCAACUGUGGCAUUGGCACUGAUAUAUAUGAAAACCAACGACGAGGCAUUGGCUAGAAAGAUCGAUGUUCCCGAUACAAUUCAUCUAUUUGACUACGUCCGGCCCGACAUAUUCUUGCUUAGAACGGUGGCCAAGAACCUAAUCAUGUGGGAUGGUAUUGAUGGUAGCUUUGGAUGGAUCAAGACUAGCUUGCGACCUUUCUUGAGGGAGCGUUACAAACUUGAUAAUAUAUGGGAACUCGACAGCGAAGACCUGCCAUUUUUCAAUAUUAUUGCCGGACUGUGCUUUUGUAUUGCACUGAAAUACGCGGGGAGUGGAGACGAGAGUGCGAGAAACGUGCUAGUUCAUUAUUUGGACCAGUUCAUCAGGCUUUGCUGUUUAUCUGGUAUGUCUACACGAACCACCAAACAGUUUAAUAAAGUGAAAUGAAGCUAAUCGGAGAUAACAGCGUUGAAUCAUGAUCAACGGCUAACUAGGGCAACUGUGAGGAAUUGCCAGGAUCUUGUAGGACUUGCCGCCUCCAUUGUUAUGGCUGGCACAGGCGAUGUUAUCGUUUUCCGGCGACUCAGAAAGCUCCAUGGCCGUGUUGACGCCGAUACCCCAUACGGAAGUCAUGUAGCCUCUCACCUUGCAAUCGGUGCUUUAUUCUUAGGCAAUGGCUCCUUCACCUUUGGCACCACAAAUACUGCCGUUGCCUCCCUUUUCUGCGCCUUCUACCCCCUGUUUCCAAAUACUAUCCUCGACAACAAACCCCACCUUCAGGCUUUCCGCCACUUUUGGGUCCUCGCCGCCGAAGCCCGCUGUCUCGUAGCCAGGGACGUGGAAACCCACCGACCCUGCGCAAUUCCUAUAACCGUAACCCUCCGCACAGGCGAAGAACUGCACAAGAAUGCUCCCUGUCUCCUCCCCGAACUCACCCAAAUCGCCUCAGUAACCACCGCCUCCCCACACCACUGGACUGUGGUCCUUGACUUUGCCAAUAACCCCGCACAUCUCGACUCCUUUCGUAGCUCGCAAACGAUAUACGUCCACCGUCGCACGGCGCACGCAUCUACCUCCACCGUCUUCCAGGCAACAUUGCAAGCCCUCGACGAGACGGAAACAAACAACUCCUCGCUAGAGUGGUUGUUGGGAUUACGGGCCUUUAGCUCACUGGAUAAAUCCGAGAGAGCAUUAUUACUUAGCGCUGACGGGGUUGACAGCAAUAUUGUGGAUACGAGGUUGGUUCUCGAGAGAGAUAGUGUUAGCGGGGUUAGCAGGGAUCGGCUUAAGGGGGUUAAGCUCCUGUUUAUGUUUUGUGAGAGGAUGGGUGAGGAGCGGGGGUUGUGGCUUACGGGUGAGAGUGUGGAUCGGCUGAAGGCGGGCGUAUGGACAGCGUUUGCAGGGCAGGGGUAGACGAGGUCUUUUUUGCUGUUGUUUCCUAGUUUCGAGGUUGAUUUAUGUUUGGUGAAGGUGAGAUAACGUAGGAUGGGCUGUUGGGAAAGGGGGGGUUAAGGGGAGGGUGCGUUGGGCAUAAGUGUUUUACAAUUGUGAUUAGUUUGGGAUGCAUGAGCUAGAAUGGUAUUUGUCUAUUUUGUAUGGUAUGGUUACCCUAUAGUUCUACCACAAUUCCACCACCAGGACUGACCGUUGGCAAAUCAUACGAUAUCACUCCUUGAGUUUGGUCGUGUUGAAUAUGUAGUAGGUGUAGUCAUGGUUACUCGAACAGACUAGUGUUAUGGAUUGUGGACUUGACCCAAAAAGAAUAGAUCAAUCAGGAAUGGUUCACUGUUGCGGAUGGUAGCUAAAUCGACACUAAUUGGUUAGUCCACGUGCUAAAACAAUGUGAAAUUCGGGAAUAAGGGAAGGGAUGGGCGAAAACUCGGCCGGAGCCUCAGGAUUUUGGUGGUAUGCAAUAGCAGUCGUGUUCAC